GCGUUUGGUCAUGACGUUUUUAGAGAGCGGCACCGUUUCAGACUGGAAUGGGAGCUGGCGGAUUUUCUUAUAUUUUCAUAGUUUGAAUGGCGCCGAAACAGGACCCGAAACCCAAAUUUCAAGAAGGUGAAAGAGUGCUGUGUUUUCAUGGGCCAUUACUCUAUGAAGCUAAGUGUGUUAAGAUAAACAUCAAGGACAAACAAAUUAAAUACUUCAUUCAUUACAGUGGGUGGAAUAAGAACUGGGACGAAUGGGUUCCUGAGAGCAGAGUACUUAAGUAUGUGGACAGUAAUCUGCAGAAACAGAAAGAGCUUCAGAGGGCCAAUCAAGACCAUUAUGUAGAAGGAAGAAUGAGGGGUGCCGUGCCAAAUAAGAAGAUACCUGCUGCAUCGCAGAAAAAUGAUGUGAAGACUAAAAAGAACAAGCAAAAGACUCCUGGAGUAGGGGAAGGGACAAGUUCAGGAGGAGACCCAACCCACCCUCCUCGAAAGAAGAGGGCACGUGUUGACCCAACUGUUGAAAGUGAGGAAACUUUCAUCAACCAAGUGGAAGUUAAAGUAAAAAUUCCAGAGGAGCUGAAACCUUGGCUGGUGGAUGACUGGGACCUGAUUACGCGGCAAAAACAACUCUUCCACCUACCUGCCAAAAAGAAUGUUGAUGCAAUUCUUGAAGAUUAUGCAAAUUAUAAGAAAUCAAGAGGAAACUCUGACAGCAAGGGGUUUGCUGUGAACGAGGUGGUUGCUGGUAUCCGGGAAUAUUUCAAUGUCAUGCUUGGGACACAACUUCUCUACAAAUUUGAAAGGCCACAGUACGCGGACAUCCUGGCCAACCACCCAGAUACAACUAUGUCUCAGAUCUAUGGCGCUCCUCACCUACUCAGACUCUUUGUGAGAAUCGGAGCCAUGCUGGCAUACACUCCCCUCGAUGAGAAGAGCCUUGCACUGCUGCUCAGUUAUCUGCAAGACUUCCUCAAGUAUCUUGUAAAGAACUCUGCGGCACUUUUCAAUGCAAGUGACUAUGAAGUGGCCCCUCCCGAGUAUCAUCGCAAAGCAGUUUAAGGUUGUUUUUUUUUAUUUUUUUUAUUUUAGCAGCCCUUGUCUUGAAGUUUGGAGAUAAUGUUCUUACCCAUUGAAAGGGUGGGAUUCACGAAAACCCUUUGGAGAAUGGAUUGUGCAAGGUCUGUCGAAUUAUUUAGGAAGAAUAAGAACUAGAUGUCGCACUAAUCCCUGGACAAAUGUACUUUUCUUUCACGUGGAAAGCUGCAGAGUAC